AACGUGUGUAAAUAGAACAGCGACGAAACUUAUUAGGCUGCUUCAAACGUUCUGCUGCAAUUUGCAAUCGAUCCUAUCGAGAUUUGACGAAUAACGAUUUGUUGAAGGAAAUUAGAGUUAAGGAUCAACUUAAAAUGACGUUGAAUUUACUAAGAUGUCCCCUCGUUAGUCGUGGAUUAAGGGAAGUUGAGAAAUCGUCUGGAUUUUUUACGUUACGGCUGUCAUUGAGCACAUCACCGGUUUCCAAAGGCAGUAGUAAGGGUGACAGUAAAGGAUAUCGUAUUGAGAAAGACACUUUCGGUGAGCUCAAGGUACCAUGUGACAAAUACUAUGGAGCACAGACUUUGAGAUCAGUCAUGAAUUUUCCUAUUGGUGAUACGUUUGAACGAAUGCCUUAUGGUGUUAUUGUGGCAAUGGGCAUAUUAAAAAAAGCAGCAGCUGAAGUAAACAAAGAAUUUGGUAUGGAUGCAAAAAUAGCAGAAGCUAUUAGCAAAGCUGCAGACGAUGUCAUUAGUGGCAAGCUGUAUAAUGAUCAUUUCCCAUUAGUAAUUUGGCAAACAGGUUCCGGUACACAAUCCAAUAUGAAUACCAAUGAGGUAAUCUCGAAUCGUGCUAUUGAAUUACUUGGUGGUGAGCUGGGAUCAAAAACACCUGUUCAUCCAAAUGAUCAUGUAAAUAAAUCUCAAAGUAGCAAUGACACCUUUCCCACUGCUAUGCACAUAGCAGUUGCAUUAGAGAUUGACAAGGUACUUCUCCCUGGACUGCAAUGUUUAUGCAAAGUUUUACAUGAAAAAGCUGAAGAAUGGAAAGAUAUUAUAAAGAUUGGUAGAACUCAUACGCAGGAUGCAGUACCUCUGACAUUAGGACAAGAAUUUUCAGGAUAUGCAACACAAGUGGCAAACGGUAUUGCAAGGGUAAAAAAUACUCUUCCACGUUUGUAUGAAUUGGCACUUGGUGGUACUGCCGUAGGUACUGGGUUGAAUACACCAAAAGGUUUUGCAGAAAAAGCAGCAGCAAAAAUUGCACAACUCACUGGUUUACCAUUUGUGACUGCUCCUAAUAAGUUUGAAGCUUUAGCAGCACACGAUGCUAUGGUGGAAGUGUCUGGUGCACUUAACACAGUAGCAGUUUCAAUUAUGAAGAUAGCCAAUGAUAUCCGGUUUUUGGGGAGUGGACCACGUUGUGGUUUAGGAGAACUGUCUCUGCCCGAAAAUGAACCAGGAAGUUCAAUUAUGCCUGGUAAAGUAAAUCCGACACAGUGUGAAGCAAUUACGAUGGUGUGUUGUCAAGUUAUGGGUAAUCAUUUUGCGACAACAAUUGCUGGAAGCAACGGUCACUUCGAACUUAAUGUUUUUAAGCCAGUUAUAGUUGCAAACACAUUAAGAUCUGCAAGACUUCUGGGUGAUGCAUGCGCUACGUUCACAAAGAACUGCGUCGUCGGCAUCAAACCAAACGCUGACAAGAUCGAGAAACUUCUCAACGAGAGCUUGAUGCUUGUCACAGCAUUAAAUCCACAUAUCGGUUACGAUAAGGCUGCUGCAAUUGCUAAACAAGCCCACAAAGAAAAUCUGACAUUAAAAGAAUCGGCAUUGAAGAAUGGUGUGACCGAACAACAGUUUAAGGACUGGGUGAAACCUGAAAACAUGAUUGGUCCAAAAUAAAUGAUGUAAUGCGAAGUAUUAGAAUUCAAUUUUUAAAUUAAGUUUAUUAAAUUUAUCAUUGUACAUUUGACUUGUCUUUCAUAAAAGUUCACUAUAUGGUGUGGCAAAUGGUAAUAACUUAUUCAAAUGUAAUAGCUUCUACAAAUUUUACAAAUUAAAAAUAUAAAAAAUCUCUAAAAAUUAA